CAGAAUGCGCUGAAUUAUGUCGACCGCAGCACUGAAUAAGUAAUUGUGUUUUACAAUUUUGGUCGUCUUCGAGUGGAAUUUCAAUUAACAGAAUAAUGGAAGCGGUACCUAGGUUGCCGAUGCUAAGCUUUGACAUGAAAGUGAGUCCAGAAAGUACAUCCUUUGGGCCGAAAUUGAAACAGUAUAUUCGAGAUGCUUAUCAUGAAGAUCCAGAAAUGUAUUCCAAUGAAAUUCACACUCUUGAGGGUUUACGUGUGGCAGCUACAUGUGCAGUGCGUGACGUUACAGGGUGCUCAGCACUGAAGCGUUACUAUUGUCAGCUUCAUUUCUUGCAGAGCAGAUUUCCAAUGGGCAAGGAUGGAGCUGCUGCAGUUCCUUUUACGUGGCGUGACACUUAUGCGAAUAUGGCAUGUACUGUGGCAGACAUACGUUUUGAAAUGGUGUCUAUCCUCUACAAUAUUGGAGCAUUGCAUUCACAGCUGGGUGCUUCAGACAGCAGAGUAACUGCAGAUGGCAUGAAACUUUCCUGUACACAUUUCCAGUGUGCUGCUUGGGCGUUUCAGCACUUGAAAGACACAUUUCCACAGCCUGCAGGUGUUGAUUUAGCCCCAGAUGUUAUGCAGUUUAUGUAUCAUCUUAGUUUGGCUCAAGCACAAGAGUGCAUUUUGGAGAAAAGCAUGAUGGAUAACAGGAAGGCAACAAUCAUUGCCAAGGUUGCUGUUCAGAUUGUAGAUUACUAUAAUCUGGCACUCAACACACUAGACCAAGGUGGCAGUGAAGAUUGUUCACUCCCUGAAACUUUAGGCACCAAGAUUUAUAAGAAGUGGAAGAGGUAUGUGAAGUUCAAAAUAGCAUAUCACUCAUGCGUGUCACUUCUGUACCAAGGACAGCAGGCAGAAGAACAACAGAAAAUGGGUGAGAGGGUGGCAUAUUAUCAGGCAGCAUCAGAGAAACUGGAAGAGGCAAUGAAAUUGUCAAAAGGAAUGGAUAACAUUGAGGCUAUAAAUGAAUCACUUACCUUCACAAUGGAUGUUGUGGAAGGAAAGAAGAAGGCAGCAAAAAAUGAAAAUGAGUUUAUCUACCAUGAAGAGGUGCCAGAUAAAGACUCACUUCCUGAUGUAAAAGGAGCGUCUUUAGUGAAAGGGAUUCCUUUCAAUGUGAAUGAUCCAGAGGUGUCAGGUCCAGACAUUUUUGCUCGUCUAGUUCCUAUGAAGGCACAUGAAGCUUCUUCACUCUAUAGUGAAGAGAAAGCCAAGCUGCUGCGGAGAGUUGGUGGUAUGAUAGAUGAGAAGGACCAGGAAUUGGUAACAUUUAUGACCUCCCUUCAGCUUGAUCAUCUAAAUAUUUACUCAGAGCCAAACAGGCUGCCACAGGAGUUAGUUGACAGAUGUGCAGCUCUUAGUGCCAAGCCAAAUACCAUUCAGAAUCUUGUGGAUUCUAUGAACAAACUAGCAGACACAUAUCAUGAUGUUGAGGGCAUGCUGCAAGACAUUAAAGAAUUAAUUCAGCAAGAAGAAACGAGAGAGAAAGAGUAUCAAGAGGUGAUGGGAAAGCGUCCACCUUCGAUUGUAGCAACAGAUCUUACAAGAGAAGCGAAUAAGUAUCAGGAAGCACAUGCCAAAGCUUCGGAGUCAAAUCAGACUCUUCACAAAGCAAUGACACUUCAUAUUAGCAACCUCAGAGUUUUGUCCCUGCCCCUGGAUGAACUGCAAGAGCAUGUUCCUACUAUCACUGUACUGGACUCUCCAAGUGAUGAAUCUUCAGUGAAGGAAAUGAAACAUUUGGUUGGUAAAGUGGAAGAGAUGAAGCAGCAACGAGCAAUGUUGGCCUCACAGUUAAGGGAGUCUACUUGCCAGGAUGACAUUACACGUCAACUUGUGACACGAACUGGGGAAUCUCUUGACACAAUAUUCAGCCAAGAGAUGCAAAAGCACCAGAGAUAUGUGGCAUUAGUUGAACAGAAUUUGGCUGCACAGGAUAAUAUAUUAAAGGCAUUAACUGAUGCGUAUGCGCGUUAUGCAGGGACACGCAAGGCAACUAAUGAAAUUCUUCGCAAGCGAGAGGCGACAAUAUCCGCUCUUAUAUCUUCUUAUGAUGCUUAUGAGGACCUUCUGGCCAAAUCAAGUAAAGGUCUGGAAUUUUAUCGUAAAUUGGAAACAAACGUAAACAAGUUGCUUCAGCGUGUGAAAGGUACCUGCAAAGUACAGGAUGAAGAAAGGGAGCAGAUACUUGCAAAGAACAAUAAGACACUCCCCAGUUCCCAGACUGUCACAGAAGCAGACAGGUCAGUUGCAGGAUCUCCUGCAUCUUCCGCAGGGGGACCAAAACUGAAGGAUUAUCUUCAGGGUAUGAAACGCAGUGGCACAGCUGGUGUUGGAUAUGUCACAGGGCACCCAAAUGUCUCAGUUGGUCAAACAUCUAAUGCAUAUUAUAAUGCAUACAACCAGGUUCCUGCACCAAUAGCUUCAUCACAACUAUCAAGCUACUACGAUCAUUCAGGACCAAGUUCGCAGCUUUCUGCUGAGAGUUCAAGCUGUCAGCAGUGGGUCCCAGCAAUUCGGCCUGCCCCAGUUGGCUCGGAGGGCACCAGUGAACAGGCAACGACAAUAAAAAUGGAACCAGGUGAAAAUAAAGCUCCAUUGCCACAACAAGGGUACCCAUACACAGUCCCAACUGUUUCUGUGGAUCAGUCUGCAGGACUAAAGCCUGCAAGAGGGUAUCAAUUGACAACAGCUUACCCUGACUACAACUCCACACAGUAUAACUAUGCUAACCCUCCUGCAGCGUACCCAGUGACUCAGUCUCCAUACAUUCAUCAGCAACAAGAGCAAGUUCCAUUCACACAAGGAAAUGUGAAUACACAGGGUUACAGUCAUGGCAGCACAUCACAUAUGCAGCAGUAUACUCCAUCUGGCCAAGGUAUAGUGCCUAGUAAUGUAACUGAAAACAUUGUGGUAGCAGGUCCUUCAGCUGGUUCGUAUUCUGCAGAUACUAAACCAUACAUUAAUCCAGCAGCAUCUGCUCAGCACACAGGUCCGUAUACCACAGAAGUGUCUCAUCAGUAUCAAGGAGUGCAGCCAGUGUACCCAUCUGGCAGUAAUAUAAGUUACUUAAAUGCUGAUCAGAAGGUGCAGGACAGUGGGACAUAUUAUCUGUCUUCAUCAUCCCAUCAAGGAUAUCAUGUUGGAGCAUAUCCAUCUGUAAAGCAAGACCUUCCCUCUUCAUCUGUCCACCAAACACCUGCCACUUCGGCAGUCUGCAGUACACCAUCACAGGCAUACAGUGGGAUUCCUCAGCCACAAUUGCCAGUUACAUCCAAUGUUCCACCUGGCUAUACAUAUGAUACAACAAAUGGUACUUUCCAGUAUGGUGGUAGCUCCCAGAAUUUACAGACCGGUUUCCACGGACAAGCUAACAUACAACCCCAUCAAAUAAUUUGGCACCAACAACCACAGGAAUCUACAUAUGGUAUUAAUAGUACUUCUGGUAUCACUGCAGCUACUGCAGCAUCUGCUACUUCUAAUAUGUCACCAUAUUAUGGUUCAGAAUAUCAUGCAAGUACAUCAGCUAUGCCUUUGUCUAGUGGAUCAACUUCCGAAGUAUCUUUAAGUAACCAGCAAUAUUAUGGCAAUAUACAGCAGCAGUAUCAACAGUUUCCACAGCCUUAUUCUUAUCCUGCAGCAUCCAGUGGUUAUAAUUUGCAGCAGACUGCACCAGUGGAGCCAAGUGUUAGUGCUGCUCCUUCAGCCUCACAGUUCCAAUACAUGGCAGCAACAGGAGCUUCAUGUUAUACUAACGCUGGCAGUUACAAUACAUCACAAACUUGCUCAUCUCAGACCUCAAUAGAUGGACAUACAUUUGCUGCCCAAUACAAUACCAACCAAGGAGUUUCUGGUUUUGAAACCCCAAUGUAUUCACAAGCGUCAUAUUACUCACUGCCUUAUGGAUACCAGUAUGGUGUAGAUGGUGCAGUUGGCACACCGUCACAGAGUCCUCACCAUAUUCAACAGAGCAGUUACACCAGCAGCACAGUUGUGAAUCAGACACCUCAAAGUCCAAUGACAUAUAUGCAAGCCCGUGGACAAAAUGACAGUACAACUACCACAUUUAGUCAGCAGGGAGGCAAUUCUCUGUCUUCAAGUUCAGUUCAAGCUGUUAAAGGCAAUCAAAAUGAAAACAUGUCAUCUUCAAAUGUGGACUUGUUAGCAGGACUUGAUUUUUCCCUAAAUCAAGCACCCCUAGUGCCUCAGCAACCCGUAACAGCUGCUGUUUGGAAGAAAGAUGAGCACCAUGAUAAAUCAGUGAACUCAAAUAUUAAACAGAUAACUUCCACUUCCAGUGGUAUGAACACUCCAGCCCCAGUAGUUGUAACAGAAAAUGCAGACUUGCCUUCAGAAGUGUCAGCUUCAGAGUCUGAUGCUGCAGUGGCAACAUUACCUCAGUCAAAUGGCUUGCAGACCGAGAAAGACAAUAGUCAGCAGAUGUUGGUAUCCAAACUGACAUUGCCUAAGGAUGACACAAGCCAAGGAGAAGGAAAAUUAACACCAAAAGCAUUUGGAAAGGAUCCAUACACAGAUCCUGAUGCCCUGAAUCAGUUUGUUCAAGAAGUUGGAAAGUAUGAGAAGUUUGUUGAUGGACUGACAACAAAGACGUUAAAUGGACCAACUCCACUUGACAUGAAAUGGAAGGAGUUGCUUGAAUUGCAGGAGAAAGAUGCUCAUAAACGUAGCAUUUCUGUUGCACGGUGCUACCCAAUGAAGAACCGGUUCCCUGAUAUUUUACCAUAUGAUCAUUCAAGAAUUGAACUGCCUUCCACGAAGGAUGAUUACAUCAAUGCUUCAUACAUGAAAAACUUGACACCCCUGACACCUCCAUUCAUUGUCACACAGGCACCUUUGCCAUCAACCUAUACUGAUUUUUGGACAAUGGUGUGGGAACAGCAAGUUGAAGUGAUAGUGUGUCUUCUCAAUGACUCUGAGUUGGAGGGUCAGGUGUACUGGCCAGUAGAGAAAGGUCAGGAGUUGGCAAUGGGAAAAAUGAAACUCACAUUACAGAGCUCAAAUAAUCGGUCUCAUUGGAUAGAGAGAAUUGUGUCUCUGUGUGCAGUUGAGUCACGAGCAACAAGAGUCAUUGUUCACCUUCAAUUUACUGUAUGGCCAGGCAGUUCCUUCCCAGCAUCUCCAGGGCCAUUCUUGAGUUUUGUAUCAGAGACGUUAAACUUUUACUCACAGCAACGAGGUGCUUGCCAUCCUGUGGUUGUUCAUUGCUUAUCAGGUGUGGGACGUACUGGCCUCUUUUGUCUUGUGACUGCUGCCGUAUGUGAAAUUCAAGCAGGACGUGGCCUGUUGGAUUUAGUCACCACUACAGCUUGCAUGAGCACGCAUAGGAAGGGUUCUCUCAGGGACAGAGAACACCUUAAAUUUGCAUACCAGGCUGUACUGUACUAUGCCCAGGAUUUGCUCAUGAAACGGGGUAUCCUGACAAGCCGUUCCACAUUUGAUGACAAACGGAGCCGUCAGGGGAAGUCUCAUACACGACACCCUUCAGAAGAUUUCCUGCUGGGUCCACCUACUGAUCUUAAUCAGCUUCAGUCAGGAAUCGAGAAAAUGGGGUUAGUUGCAGCAAACAGCAACAGCAGUGAGCCGAAAGAUGACGGAGAAAUGAAGCAAAUUCAGACCUCUCGAAGUAGGCAGAGUAGCAUCAGCAGUAGAAGAAGCAGUGCCAGCAGUAAAGUUGGGUCACGGAGUUCUUCUCCAAGUCCCUAUCCCUCUGUUCUGAUAAUAGACCCAACCCAAUUCAGUUUCAGUACUGACAUGAUGGCAGAUAAGCUUCGGAAGAAGUUUACUAAGGAGAAUUUUACUUCUAAAGCUAAAGGAAUGAGCCUGGAACUGACACAGGAGAAACCCGAUGAUCCAUUGAGCCAGCUUGAUCCAUUGUGGCCACUGAAAAGGCUCUGAUUUAGGGUCCUGGAUAAUCUUCUUGGUAAGAGAGAAAUGAGUUAACGUUAAAUUGACAAACUGUACAUUUUAUCAGGUUGUUUAUAAUACAGCAAUUUAUUUCAUCCUGUUUAUAUUAUGGCAAUAUUUUACAAUUUAUACACAUGGUGUACCUGUUUUUAUAACAUCUGUAAUUACAGUGCAGAUGUGUGUCACAAUUUACUCAUCAUUAAGAAAUAUUGGAUAUGUGUAAUUUUGUGUUAAAAUGUGCAGAAUAUAGGCGUUGAUGGAAUUUAACUGUAAGCUGUGCUUUAAAAUUUUAUUUGAAGAAAUGUAAAUUAUCUUCUCUAAGUGGGUAAAUGAUUUGAAUAUCAGAUUGUUGUAUUUUGUGGGAGAAUUUGAAACAUACUGCAGCUCAUUUAUAACUUGAAAAGGAUAGUCACUUCUGAAAGGUAACAUAUUUUUAAUUCUAACAUUCAGGUUGUAAAACAACCAAAAUAUUUUAUUGAAUAGCAAUAUGCUUACACAUACCAAUAUGUAUGAUUAUAUAAGUUGUAAAGUUGCAAAUAAGCUUCUUGCUUUAUACAGUUACAAUGUUCCCAAAUCCUUCCAGCCGCACUAUGGCCCUGGGGUGGACUCAGCCUCUGACAAAAAUGAGUACCAGAAAUCUU